AUGGCGGGCGUUUGGAUCAUCACGGCCCUACUGUACGUGGUGGUCAGCGCAUCUUCGCUGCAGCUCCUACCCCCAACACCUGUCUUUAGUGACCAUGACCGCGUCAGGAGCAAGGUCUGGGAGACAGCAGCCAGCUGCAGGAGAAUCUACAUCGACGCGGAUUUUGCCGCCAGGAAGGACACUGACGGGUUGACCCUUAUUCCUCCAAGCGGUCAUGACUUCGCCGAGGUCUUCCUUGAAGACCUCAACCAUAUCACCGGCUUCAACUGGUCCCUCGAGACUGUCGAGUCGCUGCCAGCCACUGCCGAUGCCAACGGUGCCAUCCUCCUCGGCACCUUCACGGGUCACAGCGCGUCUCUGACAUACGAGAACGGGAUGCCUACAUCUGAGGGCUAUGAGCUAGACAUCUCGCCCUCGGCUGUGUUCAUUGGAGGCACCGGCGCAAGGGGCACGUGGUGGGGGACUCGGACCGUCCUACAGAUGCUUCUGAUCGGCAACAAUACACUCCCGACUGGCCGAUUGUCUGAUGCGCCAGCCUAUGCCACCCGUGGGUAUAUGCUAGAUGCCGGACGCAAAUGGUACACUAAAGAGUUCCUUAAAGAGAUGUGCAGUUACGCAUCGUUUUUCAAAAUGAGCGAGUUCCACUACCACCUUAGCGACAAUUACCCGCUCAACCGUGGCCGCAAUGAAACCUGGCAGGACGUCUAUUCGCAUUUCAGUUUGCUGCCCGAGGAUGAGUCCCUGCUGGGCAUCGUGCAUGGCCGCGAGAAUGAGACGCUCUCGCGCAAAGACUACGUCGACUUACAGAAACACUGUGCGAGGCGCGGUAUUGCUGUGAUUCCCGAGAUCGAAGCUCCCGGUCACUGUCUUUACGUGACAAAGUGGAAGCCGGGUCUUGCACUUGACAAACGCGACCUGCUCAACCUCUCGCACCCGAGCACUAUCCCCACUAUCCAGCGUAUCUGGGCCGAGUUCCUGCCCUGGUUUGAUGUAAAGGAGGUUCAUGUAGGUGCUGACGAGUAUGACUCCAGCCUAGCGGACGACUACAUCGGGUUCGUCAACGAGAUGGCCGACUUCAUAUCAUCAACUGCAGGCAAAAACAUUCGCAUCUGGGGUACUUUCAUGGAAGAUUCAGAAGACAAGAGUCUCCGUAUCAAUCCAGACAUUACCAUCCAGCACUGGCAGUACGGUCAGUCAGACCCGCUCAGACUUAUCGACCAGGACCACCACAUCAUCAACUCCCAGGACUGGUGGGCUUACAUGAGCAUCAAGAAUGACCACAUGCCCAUCCUUCCGGCUCCGUAUCCGCAGUUCUUUAACGAGUCGCGUAUUCUCAACUUCGCUGACCAGCCUUCGUGGCAAUGGAUGCCGGCUGACUUCAACAAUGUCAACACCACAGAGCAGCCAUUGCCCGAUGAGCCGCUACUUAAGGGCGCCGUGAUGGCAGCAUGGAAUGACAACGGGCCUGAUGCGUCAACAAAACUUGAGAUGUACUACGCCAUGCGCAGGGGUAUUGCUCUUGUUGGUGCCCGUUCGUGGAGUGGUAGCCGGGGGCCUGAAGUGCAACCGAAGACCUUAGACGCCAGCAUCGACUUCUUCUCGCCGCUUGCCCCAGCUCAGAAUCUUGACCGCGUCAUUCCUGUCCCUGGGAAUGGCAGCGAUGGUCUUCUUGUCUCCUGGGCGCGACCUCACAGCAGUACCAAUAGCAACCACAUCAGACUUGGCAAGGGCAGCAAGGGCAUGAAUUACACCUGCACCCUGAAGGCCACCGGGCCCUUUACACUCUCCAGCAAAGACAACACCCUCUCCCUCGACCGCGAAGGGACUCUGUUUUUCAAGGAAGAUGGCUACAUCUACCCACUCCGCUCCGUAACAAUUAAAGAUGCCCUCGAGCUAGACCCCGGCCACCCCGGCCGUAUCUGGGCUAACACUUCGUCGACCCACGAGCCGGUCACCAUCUAUGCUUCCGUUUCACACCCGGUAACCAUCACCAUAGCCACGGAUGUUGAGCAUGGCGCGGUAGUCUGGCUUGAUGGACAGCUGGUCGGCCGCUUCGAAGUCUUCGUGUAUGGUGGCAGGAAUACCGAAUUCAGUUGGAGCCAAAUGGCGUUUGUGGCGCCGCUUGAGGAUGUUUGGGAAAAGGGCUUGGUGGGCUUGAAAGUGGAGGGGAGGAACUUGUUUGAAGUUCCACUGUUGGGCGUGGCAAUGCUAGGGGAGUGGAAAAGCAGAGGUCGAAGGCCUAGGGUCAAGAAGGCUUACAAUGCUACACUUUCUGUAUCCAAGGUUCUCUACAUUAACACCCACAUGGACUGCUGCUGGUAG